CUCCGUUUCUACCUUCAAGUGGACUAACAAGGAUAUGAAAUACGCUUCCACAUCAUACAGUUACAGGACCCAACGUCAAAUCUUGGUGACUACUCCAUUUAUGGCAGCACGUUCUAAGCCUUUAAAAAAAGCAAAUCUCUCCGGGUUGGGAGGUGAUUCGGCAAUAGGUAAUCCAAAGACCGUGGAUAAACAAAUUACAAUAAGAACUGUGAGAAAGUGA